UUUCGUCCCCAGCGAUCCCCGCUCAGAAGGAGAGAGGAAAAAUGCUGCCUUGUCGCUUGCGGCAGGUGUGCUCUCUGGUGCCACGCGCAUCAGCAUGCGUCGUCAGCGGAGAAAACUUCUUGGUGCGGCCUCUGGUGCAGCUGCAGCACCGUGCCUUGUCGACGAUGGAUUUCUCAUCGGACGUCCUCACGAUGGAGAACAAGGGCAACGCCGUGGCCAUGCUGAGGUGAGGAAGCGAAAGAAAGAAACAGCAGAGAUCUGUAGCAUACGACGUGAGCAUGAUGCCUUGUGUGUGCCCAGGCUGAAUCGCCCGAAGGCCCUGAAUGCCGUCAGCGACGAUGUCUGUAGAGAUCUCGUCAAGGCGUUGCAGAUGGUCGAUGCUGGUCAGCAAGAAACUUACGUGCUCACGACGCACAACUGGCUGAUGCUGCCGCCGCCGUCGUGUGUGUGCUUGGCGGUGAUGUGUUGUGUGAUGGGUACAGAUGACGCCUUUCGCGCCAUUGUGCUGACGGGCAGCGGCGAGAAGGCAUUUGCCGGUCAGACAGGCAGGAAGGGGCGCUCUGUACCCAUUCUAGGAUUCUCUCCUUGUGCUCCUGUGUGUCUGUCUGUGUGUGUGUGUGUGUUUCAUUCAGCGGGUGCUGACAUCAAGGAGAUGGACUCCCGCCCUGACUUCCCCACCGUCGCCCGAAUGGACAUGCUGCAGCACUGGAACGAAAUCAGCAAAAUACGGUCGGCCAUCUCUCUCUUUGUGUGCGGCGGGGCGGCAUCGCAUGUGUGACGGCCCUUGUUUGUUUCUUGUGCGUCGAUCGUCAGGAAGCCGGUGAUUGCAGCUGUGAAUGGCUUUGCGCUGGGUGGCGGGUGCGAGCUGGCCAUGAUGUGCGACAUCAUACUGGCCAGCGAUAAGGUCAGUCAGCUGGAACGACCAGCCCGCCGUCAUGACACACACUCAAAUGAAUGAAUGAGUAUCUGUCUUGUGCGCGUGGCGUCGGUCAGGCAAAGUUCGGUCAGCCGGAGAUCAAACUCGGAUGUAUACCAGGCAAUGGACAAGCCGACACACGCACACACACACACACACACACAGAGGGAGCAUCCUCAGUGCAGUGCAGAGCAGACCGCUUUCCGUGUGUGCACUGGACCCCCCGCAGGUAUGGGUGGCACACAGCGUCUGACUCGCGCAGUGGGCAAGAGCAAGGCGAUGGAGUGGAUACUCACGGGCAACUUCUUCACAGCUGAACAAGCCGAGAAGGCAGGUAAGGUGCGCAGGCAGACCGGCCAGCAAUGGCCAGCCGGCCCGUGUGAUGUGAUGGGUGGCAUGGGCUGUAGGUCUGGUGAGCCGUGUGGUGCCGGCCGACAAGCUCGAAGCUGAGGCGCUGCAGCUGGCCACCGACAUCGCCAAGAUGCCAUACCAUGCAAGUACGCAGCGGCGCACCUGCAAGCCUUCUGCCCUGUCUUAUCCCUCUCUCUCCCCCUCCCCCUCACCAUUUGUGUGUGUGUUUGUGUGUGUGUGUGCGUGUGAAUGCAGUUGUGAUGGCCAAGGAGUGCGUGAAUCGUGCGUACGAGUCGUCGCUGGCCGAGGGCCUGCUGUACGAGAGGCGGGCAUUCCACGCCACCUGGGCUACGGUGAGCAGACAGAUAUGGGCACUUGAUGGGCAGAUGACGGGGGGCACAGCACCGCUGACUGACGUAUGACCUGCUCUUCAUGUAAUAUGUUAUGCAGGCUGAUCGUUCUGAGGGCAUGAAGGCCUUUGUCGAGAAGCGGGAGCCGGAGUGGCAGCACAAAUGAAUGAUGAUCGUAUUUAUUGAUGACGUGACGCCCGCCGGAUGGAUAAAUGGAUCGGACUGAUGUGUGGCUGACUGGUUGCUAUGCUAGCGUGAUGGAGACUGACUGCAUGUCGUUCGUUUUAUCGUUCGUCGCUUUGUUUGUGCGUGUGGGUGGCCGGCUG